CAAACGCGCAUAACCUUGAAUAAAUGAUAUUGAAGUGGAAUGAAAGUCAUCUGAUAUUAAAUUUUCGUUAAAAUAGAUACUCAUUUUAAGUAUAGCUAUUAGGCUUUAAAAUUAUCAACAAGGAACCCGAAAAUGGCCAACAGAAUAAUUUUCAAUGAGUGUGACGAUGCCAAAAAUUCGGAAAUAUGUUUAGCCCUCUACCGAAAGUCUUUAAAGUCGAAAGACAUGGACCAUGACGGGACUCAUUUCGAUGGCCAGUACCCCCACGUAUUUAUUAUUCUAGGAGCUUCAGGGGAUCUAGCGAGAAAAAAAAUUUACCCAACGCUUUGGUGGCUUUAUCGAGACAAUCUUCUGCCAGCUAAGACCUUCUUUUUUGGCUACGCAAGGAGUAAAACUUCGAUAGAGGAAAUUAAAACGAAAUGCGAGCCCUAUAUGAAAGUUAAACCUAAUGAAGCAUCUAGGUACCAAGAAUUUUGGACCCUAAAUCAUUAUCUAUCUGGACAGUACAACAACAGGACUGAUUUUGAAAAGCUUAAUCAAGAGAUUAGCCAGUUUGAAAAGGGGCCCAUAGCAAAUAGGCUUUUCUACUUGGCCUUACCACCCUCCGUCUUUGAAGAUGUCACCAUUCACAUCAAAAAUACGUCCAUGGCUCCAAAAGGCUGGACGAGAAUUAUUAUCGAAAAACCCUUUGGACGCGACUUUGAUAGUUCACAGAAAUUGUCAGAUCACUUGGCCACGCUAUUUUCCGAAACACAAAUUUACAGGAUUGACCAUUAUUUAGGGAAGGAAAUGGUUCAAAAUUUAAUGACGCUGAGAUUUGGAAAUCGAAUUUUUGGUCCCACUUGGAAUAGAGAUAAUAUCGCAUCCAUCCAAAUAUCGUUCAAAGAACCAUUUGGAACGCAGGGGCGGGGCGGGUAUUUCGACGAAUUUGGAAUCAUUAGGGACAUAAUGCAGAACCAUCUUUUGCAAAUUUUGACAUUGGUCGCGAUGGAAAAGCCCGCUACUUGUCAUCCGGACGACAUCCGAAAUGAAAAAGUAAAAGUGCUAAAAUCGAUAAAACCCUUAGAGCUAAAUGAUGUAGUGUUGGGCCAGUACGUGGGAGACCCGCAGAAGGAAGGUGAAGCGAAACUGGGUUAUCUGGACGAUCCAACGGUACCAAAAGAUUCAAUCACACCCACUUACGCGUUAUCAGUUCUGCGCAUUAACAAUGAACGUUGGGAUGGGGUUCCGUUUAUACUGAAAUGCGGCAAAGCUCUCAACGAACGCAAAGCUGAAGUUAGGAUACAAUUUGAAGAUGUACCGGGCGAUAUUUUUGACGGAAAGCCAAAAAGAAACGAGUUGGUUAUUAGGGUACAGCCCGGCGAAGCUCUUUAUGUUAAGCUUAUGGUUAAAACUCCCGGAAUGGCUUUCGAUAUGGAAGAAACGGAACUUGAUUUAACAUACGGUUCCAGAUAUUCUCAUGUAAAAUUACCUGACGCGUACGAAAGGUUGAUAUUGGAUGUUUUUUGUGGGUCCCAAAUGCAUUUCGUAAGGGCGGACGAACUGAGCGAGGCUUGGCGAAUUUUCACACCCCUUUUACAUCAAAUCGAACAGGAACGGGUCAAGCCCAUCCCUUACACGUACGGAAGCAGGGGACCAAAAGAGGCCGACGAGCUGUUAUUAAAUAAUAACUUUACUUACACGGGAUCGUACAAAUGGUACAAACCGAGUUUGUAAUUAAACCACAUUCCGCCGUUGAUAUUUUUUUGAGAAAAUUUAUAUUUUGUUAUAUUAUAUUGUUGAGGAUUCAGGUUUUGUAAAUUAAAAAAUAAAACAUGGCAAUAAAUAGUUAUAUUAUUA